GCUUCGCCCAGCCGAUCGACAGAAGUUGAGAGGAGUUGGUGGCUGCCUCCGGCCGGCCGGACUUUGCCAGCAGCCGGGAGAGGAGCCGCCGCCGCCGCCGCCGCGGAGCCUUCGGGGCUGCCUCCCUCCUGCCGAGCCCGCAGCGCGGGUGGAGAGGGGUGGGGAGGGGCUCGGGUGCGCGAGAAGAACUUGAAACUGUGUGAAGGAAUCCGAAGCAGAUGAGAAGGGAGGAAAAUAAAACAAAGUGGAGACUGCAGAAAAGACUCCACCGUGGUUGAUUGUAUCGGCUGACGCUCCAGCAGAGGGGCUGUUUCUUUUCUUUUUUUCCUCCCAUUCUCUGGCUCUCUCUUUUAAAGCUACACCAGCUCUCUCUCUUUCUCUACUAUCUCUGUAUCACCAAACCCUUCCUGGCUCUUAUGGGCAUGAAACACUCCUCCCGCUGCCUGCUCCUAAGGAGGAAAAUGGCGGAGAACGCUGCCGAGAACACUGAGGUGAGCAGUCCCCCCUCCCAGCCCCCACAGCCCGUCGUCCCACCCAAGCCUGCACAAUGUGUCCAUCAUGUGUCCACUCAACCCAGCUGCCCGGGACGGGGCAAGAUGUCCAAGCUGCUGAACCCAGAGGAGAUGACGUCGCGAGAUUAUUAUUUUGACUCCUACGCCCACUUUGGGAUCCACGAGGAGAUGCUGAAGGACGAGGUGCGGACGCUCACUUACCGGAACUCCAUGUACCACAACAAGCACGUGUUCAAGGACAAGGUGGUGCUGGACGUGGGCAGUGGGACUGGGAUCCUCUCCAUGUUCGCCGCCAAGGCCGGGGCCAGGAAGGUGUUUGGGAUCGAGUGCUCCAGUAUUUCUGACUACUCGGAGAAGAUCAUUAAGGCCAACCACCUGGACAACAUCAUCACCAUAUUUAAGGGUAAAGUGGAAGAGGUGGAGCUGCCCGUGGAGAAGGUGGACAUCAUCAUCAGCGAGUGGAUGGGCUAUUGUCUAUUCUAUGAGUCAAUGCUCAACACAGUGAUCUUUGCCAGGGACAAGUGGCUGAAACCUGGAGGGCUUAUGUUUCCAGACCGGGCAGCUUUGUACGUGGUAGCGAUUGAAGACAGACAGUACAAGGACUUCAAAAUUCACUGGUGGGAGAACGUCUAUGGCUUUGACAUGACCUGUAUCCGGGACGUUGCCAUGAAGGAGCCCCUGGUGGACAUCGUGGAUCCAAAGCAAGUGGUGACCAAUGCCUGUUUAAUAAAGGAAGUGGACAUCUACACGGUGAAGACAGAGGAGUUAUCGUUCACAUCUGCGUUCUGCCUGCAGAUACAGCGCAAUGACUACGUCCACGCCCUGGUCACCUAUUUUAAUAUUGAAUUUACCAAGUGCCACAAGAAAAUGGGGUUUUCCACAGCCCCUGAUGCUCCCUACACCCACUGGAAGCAGACCGUCUUCUACUUGGAAGAUUACCUCACUGUCCGGAGGGGGGAGGAAAUCUAUGGAACCAUAUCCAUGAAGCCAAAUGCCAAAAACGUGCGAGACCUCGAUUUCACAGUGGACUUGGAUUUUAAGGGACAGCUGUGUGAAACAUCUGUAUCUAAUGACUACAAAAUGCGUUAGCACAUGUGGGAAAGCGCAGAGAACGAGCGGGAAAAGGAACUCUCACCUCGAUCUGCCGCGCUGUCCCAAGGAACACUGUUCACAGGACUACACACUCUAAAACCAGAGCUUUCAAUUCUGCCUUGAAGAUUGGUGGACUCACCAGGGCUCCCGUGGGCCCCGCCAUGGACGGAAGGCCUCCAGCUCCUCCGCUCUGCCCUGGGAGCCUGCCACAAAGGCUUUGUCGUCGCCAACAAAGAGCAACCUCAUGCGCUGUGGCUGGGCCCUGAGGAUGGAAAAGCCCCUGUGUCUCCCCAUCGUCCUCCUAAACUGUGACUCUGGAUCUUCCAAGUUUUGCAUGCUGCAGGCAUCUAGGACAGAUUGCUUCCACUAGAACCUGGAGACUAGUGUCUUUGAUAGCAUAAGCCAGAUUAUCUGUCUGUGCGGUGGUGUGUGUGUGCGCGUGCGUGUGUGUGCACAGCAUAUAUAUUAGUUUAUUUGCCCACAAACACUGUUGUAUAUGCAUGCAUAUACAACCAAGUGGGUAUACUUCCGUGUUCAUCCAGAGGGGUGUGUGCGUGCGUGUGUGCGUGCGCGUACCAUAUAUAUUACUCUCAGAGGAGAUUCUGUUGCUUUCGAAUAGGAAUUUGUUUUGUGAUUAGUUCUCCCCUUCCCCACCCUUUAACAGAUGUUAUGCAGCUAUGAAAAAUUCUCUGUACUAGCUCUGGUCUCCUUUGGACUAGACAGUGGCUCCGAACCCUGAGCACAGUACCACGGGCCCCGUGGGCACUCAAUAAACACACAUGAGAAC